GGUAUUGAGAAGACAAGUAUUAAGUAUUGGAAAUAUAUAUGAAUUGACAAUUAGUCUUCUUGUAUUGGGAAGUCCUACAGUUGUUUGGGGUUUUCAAAAAGGUGUAUUGUAUUGUUUCUAUGUAAUCAUAAUUAUGGUAUGGGUUGGCUCAGUUCAAUGUAUUAUUUGCUUUUAUAAUUUACCGAUAUAUAUAUGGGAGUUCUGUAGAAUAAGAAUAGCUCAUAGAAAAAUUCAAGAGAAAUACCAUUUUUUUUUAUUUUGUUUGUGUUGUCUUCCUUCUUCUGGGUUCUUUUUCUGGUUUGAGUUAGAAACCAGAGUAGAAAAGGAAGGAGAGGAAGAGCUUAAUCAUACAGAAAUACAGAAAUUAAGAAAUGGGGAGAUUCUGUGAUUUGCCAAGUGAAGUUGUGGAGAAAAUCAUGUUGUUGGUGCCUGCAGAUUCUCUAGUAGAAUUUAAAUCUUUGAACAAGUUUUGGUAUUCUUGUUUUUCCACUUUCAUCAACGAUCCAAAAUUUGCAGCUAAGCACCUCCUCAAUACCAAAAACCAAUCUUCUAUGUCCUUACUUUGUUUCAAAGACCCUUCUCCCCAUGACGAUCAUCGCUUGAUCACAUACCCAUUGCUUACUAUUAUCCAUGGUGACGAUGAUGAUGAUAGUAAGAAGGAUCAUUUAAGAACUGCCACAGCGGAUCUGACUAUACCACUUUUGGAUAUGAAUCGAUGGGAUAGAAUAUAUCACUGUGAUGGACUCCUUUUGCUAGUAAAUUAUAGUUUCAAGAAGACUGUAACUAUGGUGUUGUGUAAUCCAGUUUUGAAAGAAUCUAUGAUUCUCCCAAAACCAAAGAAUGUUACAUUUACGCCUCGUCAUCAGUACAUAGGAUUUGAACACGAUUCUAGAAACAACAAAUACAAAUGUGUUUCCAUUUCCCUUGGUUACAAAAAACAAUGUCAAGUUGAGGUAUACACAUUGGGUUCUCAUUCUUGGAGAGUGAUCAACAUGUCUCAAGAUUUAAUGGAUGAUAUUGUGGGUUGUGAAUUACAACGUGGUGUAUGUUUUAGAGGUGUUUGUUACUCGUGUAUUACCCGAUUUGGAAUUGAAAAGAUCCUCAGUUUUGAUAUGAGUAGUGAGGUAUUUUGUGUGAUAGAUUUUCCAGAUUUUGAACCUUUACUUGCCGUUAAUGAUUCCUUCUAUGAUUAUUAUGGGCUCCUUGCAGUGUGGAAUGAUUCUGUUGUGAUGUGUUUGUUCCUUGAAGCCCCAUAUCAUGAUAAGAGCUUCCUUUUUGUCUUCACCAUGGAUAAAGACGUAGCAGGUUGUUGGACCAAAUAUGAGCUGAUUCGACCACUAAAACAGUAUUUUGAUGAGUUACUACCAUUUUUGAAGAAUGAUGAGAUUCUAAUGCCAGUCUCUGAAGAUUAUAUCUGGGGCAUAAAACACUUGGCUUCUUUCAACAUUCAUACUCAAAAGUUCAAAAAUGUUGUUUUUGAUGUAGAUAGAAAAUUAAAGUUAACUUAUAAUUCGGUUUGUUCAUAUGAGAAAAGUCUGGUUUCUAUUAGGAAUGAGUGAAGGAAGUUCAGUUCCAAACAAACACAUCUCUGGUUUGGCUGUGGAAGUGUAGAGACUAAAAUGUUAUUUGUUUAGUAGUUUGAUUUUGUGGAACCAAAGUUGUCUCUUAUUUAAACAUUUUCUAUAUAAUUAUUUCAUCAUUGAUGCCUUGCAGAGUUUACAUAAAUGCUAAAGAAAAUUAUUCAUUCUUAACAGUAAGAUGAUAUCAUGAUAUAUAGUUUAAGCAUAAGUAUAUUUGUUGAAAGAUAGAGCCCCAACUAAAAAAUAGAAGAUAUAACAAGAGAUACAUGAGAAAUGUUGCCAAGAGUAAAUCUAUAAAUCUCUUUUAAAGCCUUUAUUAAUGAUC